CGCCAGCCCCGCCCCUCACGCCAGCUCGCGCCCCGCAUGGCUGCCGCCGGGGCCAGACUUGUGGAGCUGGGCUUCGCCGAGUCAGCGCCGGCGUGGCGACUGCGCAGCGAGCAGUUCCCCAGCAAGGUGGGCGGGCGGCCGGCAUGGCUGGGCGCGGCCGGGCUGCCCGGGCCCCGGGCCCUGGCUUGCGCGCUGUGCGGCCGCCCGCUCUCCUUCCUGCUGCAGGUGUACGCGCCGCUGCCCGGCCGCGCGGACGCCUUCCACCGCGGCAUCUUCCUCUUCUGCUGCCGCGAGCCGCCGUGCUGUGCCGGCCUGCGAGUUUUUAGGAAUCAGCUACCCAGGAAAAACGAUUUUUACUCAUAUGAGCCACCUUCUGAGAAUCCUCCCCCAGAAACAGGAGAAUCAGUGUGUCUCCAGCUUAAGUCUGGUGCUCAUCUCUGCAGGGUUUGUGGCUGUUUAGGCCCCAAAACGUGCUCCAGAUGCCACAAAGCAUAUUACUGCAGCAAGGAGCAUCAGACCCUAGACUGGAGAUUGGGACAUAAGCAGACUUGUGCACAACCAGAUCAUUUCGACCAUAUAAUUCCAGACCACAACUUCCUUUUUCCAGAAUUUGAAAUUGUAAUAGAAACAGAAGAGGAGAUUAUGCCUGAGGUUGUGGAAAAGGAAGAUUACUCAGAGAUUACAGGGAGCAUGGGUGAAGCACUUGAGGAAGAACUGGAUUCCAUGGCAAAACAUGAAUCCAGGGAAGAUACAAUUUUUCAGAAGUUUAAAACUCAGAUAGCCCUUGAACCAGAACAGAUUCUUAGAUAUGGCAGAGGUAUUGCCCCCAUCUGGAUUUCUGGUGAAAAUAUUCCUCAAGAAAAGGAUAUUCCAGAUUGCCCCUGUGGUGCCAAGAGAAUACUGGAAUUCCAGGUCAUGCCUCAGCUCCUAAACUACCUGAAGGCUGACAGACUGGGCAAGAGCAUUGACUGGGGCAUCCUGGCUGUCUUCACCUGUGCUGAGAGCUGCAGCUUGGGUACUGGCUAUACAGAAGAAUUUGUGUGGAAGCAGGAUGUAACAGCUACACCGUAAAGGCAUCUUAAAGCCUUGAAAAAUGUUAAUGCUCUUUUAUACCUUGCAAUUCCAUUUCUGGGAUUUUAUCCUAAGGAAAUACUUAUACCAAAAAUAAAGGUGCAGAGAUGUUGAGAGAUUGCUUACACAGUGUCUACAUAUUACUGAAACAAAAGUGUCCACUGACAGAGAAUUAAAUAAAUUUUGGUACAUCCACCGUG